CCUCGGCUCCCCCUCCCAGAGCCCCCUCCCCGGAGCGGAGCCCACCCGAGGGCCCCCCUUUGCCCCCCAGCCCAGCCGCCCAGCCAGAACAGCAGCCCCAGGGGGCAGCCGCCCGCCAGCCUGCCUCCCUCCAGCCCAGCCUGCCCGACCCCCCCCAACCAUGAAUCUCUUCCGAUUCCUGGGAGACCUCUCCCACCUCUUAGCCAUCAUCUUGCUACUGCUCAAAAUCUGGAAGUCCCGCUCUUGUGCCGGGAUUUCGGGGAAGAGCCAGGUCCUGUUUGCUGUAGUGUUCACCGCCCGGUACCUGGACCUCUUCACCAACUACAUCUCCCUCUACAACACGUGCAUGAAGGUGGUCUACAUCGCCUGCUCCUUCACCACAGUCUGGAUGAUUUACAGCAAGUUCAAAGCUACUUAUGAUGGGAACCAUGAUACCUUCCGGGUGGAGUUCCUCGUUGUCCCCACAGCCGUCCUGGCAUUCCUGGUCAACCAUGACUUUACCCCUCUGGAGAUCCUCUGGACCUUCUCCAUAUACCUGGAGUCGGUGGCCAUCCUGCCACAGCUGUUCAUGGUGAGCAAGACGGGCGAGGCAGAGACCAUCACCAGCCACUACUUGUUUGCGCUGGGCGUCUACCGCACGCUCUAUCUCUUCAACUGGAUUUGGCGCUACCACUUCGAGGGCUUCUUCGACCUCAUCGCCAUCGUGGCGGGCCUGGUCCAGACGGUCCUCUACUGCGAUUUCUUCUACCUCUAUAUCACCAAAGUCCUGAAGGGGAAGAAGCUUAGUUUGCCGGCGUAACCCUGGUUCUCGCCAUCCCUCUCCUCGGCAGCGGCGAGAGGCAGAGGAAGGCGACAAAAGACGAAGAAGCUUCCCGUCCAGGGGUGACUUUUUUAAGAACCAACCUCUCCCCGCUCCCCAUCCCCCCUCCUGCCGGGUUUCAGGGGGGCGGUGGAGGACCCACAUCGUGGGGAGUUCAGGACCUGGGCUGUUUGUAGUUUUUUGCCUUUUAGAGAAGAAAAAAAAAAAAAUCUUUCCACUGUUUAGUUUUUGAUUCUGAUGCCUCCUUUCUCUUCUACUCUCUGGCCCUGAUUUUUAUAAACUGUUUUUGGUGUCCUGUGGGGUGGGGCAGGGUCGGAGGUGUUUUCCCUCCCCCAAGUCCCUCGGCUCCCUUCUAGAUCGUUCUCCCAGCCCCACUGGUUGCCAAACACUAAAUCUGCCGACACCCGCCUGCCCGGCCUCCCACCAUGGCCAUGAACACGGUCCCCGCACCCCAAACUUCUUGGUUGGGGAGAGGGAGGAGGGGAGAGAAGGUCUCCCCUGAUUUUUCACAAUAAUUUUUUUCCAGAGUUUCGGGUUUUUGGUCUUGUCCUCAUUUUUUUGGCAAUUUAGGGGGGGCAAGUGGCCGGGCAUGGGAAGGGGGCUGGCCCGAGGGUCACCAUGACUCUACUGCCGUGUUUUUGUACAGAAUUGAUGGUUGAUUCUUUGUUCUCUUGAAAUAAACUGAGGAAAAUGA